GGUAUAUCUUAUACAUAUAUAGACCUUGCACGUUGUCUGUAGUGAUAAAUGAACUCGUACAGGUGCCUGGCGGCCGCGAGGAAACCGCAAUGCAGAGCACUGCAUUAACGAACCAUCAGGUGCAGCGGGUCCUAAAAGCGGACAAAAGAAACAAUGCAACACUCACUUCAUGGUGUUUAGAAGACCUUACGAGUGAAGGCGACAACUACAGCACCUUUGUGACCAGUGUCAAGGUAGCUUAUGCUCAAGAAGGAGCAGCUCUUGAAACUAAAUAUGUGGCUAAGUUAAAUCCCUGCGGAAAUGUGAGUAAAUCUGAUAGUUUGACUUCCUCUAUGUUUGAGAAGGAAGGCCAGUUUUACACCAAGUUGGAACCCGCUUUGAGUUUGGAAUUGACGGCCUUGGGUCACGAGCGCCUUAGGGUCCCCAAUUCUUAUCUCGUUUGUUUGGAUCGAGGUCAAGAAAUUAUUUUUAUGGAGAAUCUGCAAGUUCAUGGGUUCCAGAUGAAUGACCGAAGAAAAGGGCUGGAUGUUCUUCACGCCAAUCUGGUAAUACAGGAGUUAGCUCGACUUCAUGCAGCUUCAAUAUUACUCAAGCUUAACAGAGGACCUGAAUUGUUAAAUGAAGUUUUAAGCAAAGACUGGAUGAACUUCGAUGAGGCAACACAUGAUUUCUUGAGAGUUAAGUACUCUGGGCAUGUUGAUAAUGCUAUUGUGACCCUAGAAAAAAUCGAAGGGUAUGAGAAGACAGUGGCUUGGCUCCGAGAGGUGAAGCCUCGAGCUUUAGAGAUUCUAGAAGACCAAGCCAAGGACGCAGGUCCAUUCAGUGCUGUCAGCCAUGGGGACUGCUGGAACAACAACCUCUUAUUCAGGUACAACACCGAAGGAAACCCCGUGGAGGUGAGGCUGCUUGACUUACAGCUGGUUCGCCAAGCCUCCCUGGCAAUAGAUCUAAAUUUCUUUCUCUACACAAGUCUAGAUGGGCCUACAAGGAGAAGCAACAUGACCUGCUUCUUGGAUACUUACUAUGACUGUUUCAAGUCUGUCAUUGAAUCGGCCCAGCGAGACAUGCCAUUCACUCGGGCAGCUUUCAAACAGGAAUUCAUUGACAAGCACAUGUAUGGCUUCUUGUUCGCUAUUUUUAUCAUUCCACUCUCUGUGUGCAAUAGCGACCAGCUUCCAAAAGGGUUAACGGACUCCUUUGGGAAGAAGCAGGAAAACCUUAUGCUCGAAAUGUUAGACAGCAAUCCUUUGUUUAAACCACGCUUUCUCGCUCUCUUUGAUGAGAUGAUGGAGGAUGGGAUCGUCUCAUACAACAUACCGUAAAUGCCUUCAUAAGAAAUUAUGUGUGUGUGUGGGGGGGGGGGUUGGACACACACACACACACACACACACACACACACACACACACACACACACACACACACACACACGCACACGCACAUAUAUAUACACACAUACACAUGCACACACACUCAUACAUGUGUCUGUGUCAUGGGUACUCUUGUAGUAAUUGGGGAAGAGCAUGCGUUGAUUGUUGGUGAUUAUAGUAAAUAAGAUUAUCUGCUAACAUAUAAAUGAUUUAUAAAUCCAUUUCUCUUUAGUUACUAGUCACAUAGACAGUAUACUAUAGUAAAUUAAACAUUUAUGUUUUACAUAUGAAUUUAAAUGAAAAAAUAAACUUUUGGAGUAUUAUUGUAAUAAAUUUAUUGACAUUU